GCGACUCUCCUCAAUUGUAAACAGCGAUAAACCAUAUAAUACGUCUAUGGAAUAAAAACUCUAGAUAACAACGCUUCAAAUUUUUAUACAUCGUAUAUUUUAGCAAUGAUCGCAAAAGUUAUAGUAUAGUAUUUUACUUGCUCGUGAUUCGCGCCCUGUACUCUAGUUAUCAGGCAGGAAUUCAUCGUCCAGAACACGCUAAAGUUUGAGCACGUCAAAUCCUAUAUUUCGUCUUUAUAUAUUAGACAUUCAAUCUAAUUAAAUGUAGUCAGUGUGUAGGAUUAAACCGAGAACAUGAUCAUUUUAUGGAAACUUUAGAAACACCGAUGCGCCUUUUACAAUCUGGGAAAACAAAGAGAUGGUUCUGUCUUUGGUGAAGCUGUGCGCUCGGGAGGUGGUGAGUGACCACAGCUCGUCGCCUUGUUGGUUAAAUUGUGUGCCGCGGGAGCUCUACCGAUCGCUGCUGGAUGCCGCUUUUACCCACUGUCGUCCACUGGCCGUCGGCGAGCUCGUCCAGCGAUGGCCCGAACGGAUACUGACCGUGGGAGGCAGCAGAAAAGCGGGCCAUAGCACUCCGAACCGCCUGUGCGUUCAAUCGCUGCUGUUGGCGGUUGUCAGAGGACUGACAAACAAGAGGUGUUGCCUGCAGGUGCUGGAUCUCAGUGGACUUCAGUGUGAGCAUGUGAGAGUUGAAGACUCAAUGGGUGGAUGGUCCCUCACUGUUGCCCUUUGCUCAAUGGUGCUACAGGCUCGAGCUGCUGCCUCCAGGGCUCAAAGGAGAGAUGGAGAAAGAGAGAGAAAAAGAGGGCUAGAAGCAGAACGUGAGAAGGGCGGCACCGUCAAACGAGACAGGGGCACGGUAGGGUGUGUGAAUUACAGUGAAGUAAGCGAGAGAGGACAUAGGGAAGAAAAACUAGGGAAGAUGGAAUGCACAAGUAAUGGAGAAAACAGCAUCGGUCAUGAUCGGGUGAUGGUACCGGAAGAUGAGUCUGUGAAGGGUGUCAGGAGGAGGAUGGAAAUUCAGAGGAGAAAGACACCCGAGUUGAACAUCAGUAAUGAUGGAAGUGGUUUCUGUAAGCAAGACUGGGAUGAGGUGGUGGUUGUCCAUGUCAGGGCUGAUCUUUUCGUCAAUGCCCGUUCUUGGGAACGUGUCCGUGAUGCCCUUAGUCACCCCGGCCCUCUGAGGCUGCACUGUCGCUACCUCCGUGUGGAGGAACUCUCAGCAUCCUCCAUAGCUGCUUUGUUAAGCCUCUUGACACAGCAGGAUCUUCUCAGUGUGGACAUUCGCUACUCCAGCCUUGGGGUGUCAGGCCUGGCAAUGCUGCUUCCGCUGUUUGCUCCUUUUCUGCAGAUUCACUCUCUAAGACUGCAUUACUGUAACUUGGACUUGCAACGCACACAACUUGGCCAGCAGGGGGCACUUCAGGAAAUGUGUAAAGGGCUUGGUUUGCUCAAGAGACUUAAGAGACUAUGCCUGACAGCACUCAGACUGCCAGGACACCUGCGUUUGCUCCUCAGCUCUCUCUCCCAGCCUCUGGAGGUGCUGGAGCUGCCAUACCUGUGCCUGACGUCCACUGAUCUGGCGUACCUCUCGUGCAGCCAGCACGCUCAAUUCCUGAGAGAACUUGAUCUGAGUGAGAACUGCCUCGACGAAUCCUCCCUGCCCUCUCUGCGUCGUCUUUUUGGUCAAGCUGAAAGCUCACUAUCCCAGCUUUCACUCUGCGGUUGUGGUCUCUCAGAUGCUCUCCUUGAAGCACUCCUGCCCUCCCUGUCCUGCUGUCGGGUUUUACGUAGCUUAAGACUGGCCUUAAACCCACUGUCUAGAAUGGGACUGCUUUUGCUGGCACGUACAGCUGCGGGUAUCCCUUCCCUUCGUCUUCUGCUUUAUCCUAAUCCACUGGAGGAAUAUGAGCCAGGUCUGCCUGCUCUUCCCUCCAGCGCUCAGCUGCUGGACUGGUCUCUGAUGGAGGAGCCGGAGGGCAGAGACUUGACACUGAGGCUGCUGGAUGAGGUUUUGAGCUUAAGAGGGCGCUCACGUGAUCUUAUUGUGACCUCUGACUUCCUGAACUACAGCCCAGAUUUGUCAGUAGAUGAUUAGUGACUAUUUUAUUUGUUUGAGCUAGAGUGGGUAUCUCUGUCAUUGUUCUUAAAUGCUGUGGGUCUCCCAGGGCCUUUAUAAUACGUGCUUGACAAUCAAAAUCAACCUUUUUUCUUCUGGUUGCCAAGUUACUUCAUUAAUAAGAAUCAUCAGUCUUAAUACUAGUGUCACAUUUAUACCUUGCAUAGAAAUUAUCUUGUAUUUAUGUCUCGUAGCAUAUUUUGGUUUUAUUACUUUAUAAUAUUGUAAUAUGGUAAUGUUUAUACCAAGCACUGAGGGAACCAAAAGCAAGGAACCAAACUCCUGUUGAAGUUUCCGAAUUGUCUUAUGUUUUCCCCCCACAUUUUCCAUUAUUCAUGAAAAGCUACUUCCAUUUUGAUCCUGUGUGAAUGUUUAUAUACAAAAUAAUUGUAUUCAAAUGAAAAUGGUCAGGUUCUGUAGCAUAUAACAGGUUUUGCAAUUUCAACAAGGACGGAGGUGUUCACAUAGACAAUGUAUUUCUUAGUUGGACUGUAUAAGAGCCUGUUACAUACUGUUUUAUCUUGACUUAAAUGUUUUUCUUUUGAAUAUUAUUCACUUAGAUUACUCAUUCAUGUGGAAUUUAGGUUACAGUAAGUGUACACUCACUCCUCAAAACCAGCAUCUGUAUCCCUGCUUCCAAAUAAACAGAAACCAAAACCUUUCAUAC